CCACCCACCCCGGAUGUCCGCUUCCGGAACCCCGGCUGGACGCUGCGGGUGCCGAGCAUCCCCGGCCCCUGGGCAGCUGGACCCGCUCUCCCCGGUCUCUGGGCUUCUGGGCCAGUUGGGGAAUCUCCUUCCAGCCCGGGCCGCGGUUGCUCAGCAUACCCCGCCGAAGCCCUCCUGUGCUCCCUCAGGACCUCGACUGCAGGGUCGCCGACGCCCCGGCGCUACUCCUUGCCUGGCUCCUCUGCGCUAGGCGCCUCACAGGCACUGUCUUAUAGAAUGGUCCCUUCACCAUGAGCCCGUUUUGCAGAUGAGGAAACGGAGGCCUCGAGGAGCGCGCGCGCACACAGCAGAAGAAGCAGCAGAAUCGGGACUCAAACCCAGACCCCGAGAAUUUUCUUCCUCAGCCUUGGGAGCAGAACCUCCGGCUGAAUGGCAGCUGUAGAUGACUUGCAGUUUGAAGAAUUUGGCGAUGGAGCCGCAUUGCUAGCAGCAGAUCCAGAUGCCACCACGAUAAGCAUUGAGGACCCCGGUGAAACUUCCAAACACCAGCCCAGAGCCCCAGGAAGCUCGGGGAGAGAGGAGGAUGAUGAGCUUCUGGGAAACAAUGACUCUGACGAGACUCAGUUACUCGCCAGUCAGAAGAAAAGCUCUCCCUUCUGGACGUUUGAAUACUAUCAGACAUUCUUUGAUGUGGACACUUACCAGGUCUUUGACAGAAUAAAAGGCUCCCUGCUGCCGGUCCCUGGAAAGAACUUCGUGAGGCUGUACAUCCGCAGCAAUCCAGACCUCUACGGCCCCUUUUGGAUAUGCGCCACGCUGGUCUUUGCCAUUGCAGUUAGUGGGAACCUUUCCAACUUCUUCAUCCACCUGGGAGAGAAGACAUACCGUUAUGUGCCAGAAUUCCACAAAGUGUCCAUCGCAGCCACCAUCAUCUACGCCUACGCCUGGCUCGUCCCUCUGGCUCUCUGGGGCUUCCUCGCGUGGAGAAACAGCAAGGUGAUGAGCAUCGUGUCCUAUUCAUUUCUGGAGAUCGUGUGUGUCUACGGCUACUCGCUCUUCAUCUAUAUCCCCACGGCAGUGCUGUGGAUCAUUCCCCAGAGGAUUGUUCGUUGGGUCCUAGUCACGAUUGCCCUGUGCGUCUCGGGGUCUGUGCUGGCGAUGACGUUUUGGCCAGCCGUUCGCGAGGAUAACCGGCGUGUCGCCUUUGCCACCAUCAUGACCAUCGUGUUUCUUCAUGUGCUGCUGUCUGUGGGCUGCUUGGCUUACUUUUUUGAUGCUCCAGAGAUGGACCAUGUUCCGGCAACCACACCUGCAGCCACUCCCAACCAGACGGUAGCAGCGGCCAAAUCCAGCUAACAGGCGGCUUCCUGUGUGCCUCUCACUUCACUUCUGCGGGUGCGUGGCUCUUCUGGACACAGCAUCCACCACCCUGAAAAGCAGGAUGGCCCACGUCAGCAGGGGACUGAUUGUCGUCACCAUGAAGCCUCGUCACCUGCUUAGCAAGACUUAAGUGUUGGCCUGGGGGUGUCGGUCACAUGAAGAAACACUUGCUUAGCGUAUGUGAGUCCCUAAAAGUCCAUCCCUGAAAAUAAAAAAAAGUGACGUUCGGUGUGA